UGAUAAUUGUUUUCAGCAUAUUUCUUUGUUAUUUAUACUUUUUGCCCUUUCUGAGAAACUUUCGACGGUGAAGAUUCGACCGCGAAAGCUGUGGACGACUAUAUCCGUGGCAGACCGGUAGGUUCUGUCAGUUUCAGCUCAUAUCGAAGUCCUUUAUUUAGCGUUUUCUCUGGUCUCGAAACCCUAGGUCCGUACUCCAUACCGUACUCUAUUCCGUACUCCGAUUGCUUGAGCUACGUACAAAUCCACUCAACAUCUAUCUAACGAUCUAUCUAUACCUAUUUAGUAUUCUCCGCAGUACAAACACACACAGAGGCAGAAGAUACUAUUUGUGAAUACAUGUGAAUCACAUAUAUCAUAUAUGCAGUAUUGCUUUAUCAUAUUUUCUGAAUGGUCUGAUCUUCACUGUGACUAAGCUCCAUUGGACACUGGUGUACUUUUUCUUGGAAGAUACUGGCUGGAAUCUGAUUGGACUCACUCAUAUAUAAGUGUAUUGUUGAAGCAUUGGCAAAAGAGUGUUUAGCAGUGGCCUCUUAAGUUACUUGGUGCUAAUCACAGUUCGCUCAGCUUGGGUGACUUUCUAGUCAGUAAUUGUUGUAGUUGGUGAUAUUGGUUGAAAAUUAAUCCUAUGAAGUAGCUGGAUUCAAAUACUGUGUAGAUCAGAAGGAAAAUGGUAUAUCAUAAAAAGAAAUGUCAUACAAUUUUGGAUCUUUCCAACAUCCUUUUUAUCUUCUUUGAGAGCUUAGGGCAAAAAGGGCAUUUUUAUGUUAUGUCAUAAGAAGAAACUAUGGAAGAGGGGCCAGAGAAAAAGUUCCCUGUUAAUGCUAAGGAUUACAAGUUAUAUGAGGAAGUUGGAGAAGGAGUCAGUGCAACCGUGUACAGAGCACUCUGCAUCCCACUUAACGAGAUAGUAGCAGUCAAAGUUCUUGAUCUGGAAAGGUGUAAUAAUGACCUGGAUGGGAUCCGCAGAGAGGUACAGACAAUGACUUUGAUUAAUCAUCCAAAUGUAUUACGCUCAUACUGCUCAUUCACUGCUGGUCAUAGUCUUUGGGUUGUGAUGCCUUACAUGGCUGGAGGGUCUUGCCUUCAUAUCAUGAAAUCUUCUUAUCCCGAAGGUUUUGAAGAGCCUGUUAUUGCUACAUUAUUGCGUGAAGUCCUGAAAGCACUUGUAUAUACUCAUUACCACGGGCAUAUCCAUAGAGAUGUAAAGGCUGGGAACAUAUUAGUUGAUACGGAUGGUGCUGUCAAAUUAGCUGAUUUUGGAGUAGCUGCUUGUAUGUUUGAUACUGGUGAUAGACAGCGAUCAAGAAAUACUUUUGUUGGAACUCCCUGCUGGAUGGCUCCAGAAGUUAUGCAGCAACUGCAUGGAUAUGAUUUUAAAGCAGAUAUAUGGUCCUUUGGGAUAACAGCCCUUGAACUUGCUCAUGGCCAUGCACCAUUCUCCAAGUACCCACCAAUGAAGGUUCUGCUCAUGACCCUGCAAAAUGCACCACCAGGUCUGGACUAUGAAAGGGACAAGAGAUUCUCCAAGUCUUUCAAGGAAAUGGUUGCUGCUUGCUUAGUGAAGGAUCCAAAAAAGCGUCCCUCCGCAGAGAAGCUUUUGAAGCACCAGUUCUUUAAACAGGGACGCUCAAAUGAUUACUUAUCACGCACUAUACUUGAAGGCCUACCCCCCCUAGGUGACCGUUAUAGGAUGCUUAAGGCAAAAGAAGCAGAUGUUCUUGUACAGAAUAAGGCAUUGUAUGAAGACAAGGAACAGUUAUCACAGCAAGAAUACAUUCGGGGAAUCAGUGCAUGGAAUUUCAACCUGGAGGACUUGAAGAACCAAGCUUCACUUAUUCAGGAUGAUGAAUUUUUAAAUGCCGAAGGUCCAAGUUCAAGUGGGAGGCCUAGGGACAGUAAUGAUGAUGCUAGUUCUUCAUCAGAAAGGCCUAAUCACUCAAAUGAUGCACCUGCAGAAGUUGGUCUACAUGAGGUUCAUGAUUUAGAGAAUUCGCUUGCUGGGUUUCCCAUUAAACCUCUUCAGGCACUCAAGGGAUGCUUUGAUGUGUGUGAGGAUGACAUGAGUGCUGGUAGUCCAAAUUGGAAAUAUAGUAUACCCUCAGAUUCUGAACAACAGAAUGACAUACUGUCAUUGAACAAAGGUGGGGGUGAAGAAGGUGGAAGAGAUGAUGAAAAUAUAGGACAAAGCAUCUCAUUUGCAUGCUCUGGUAUCCCAGGGCAAAAGAAGCUAGCUAGUGGUUCACCUCAAAAGGAUAACAAUCUCUCCUUAAAAAACAUUACCACUGAUGGAGAGAGGGACUAUCCACAGACAAGGUAUCCGUCAGAGCGUAGUUAUAGUGGUCCACUGCAGUAUCGCCAAAAGAAAGAUAGUGAUACUUCUGAAGGAGCUGUUGUCCAACGCAAGGGACGCUUCAAAGUCACUUCAGCAGAUCUGAGUCCAAAGGGUCCUACAAACAGUUUCUUCAACUCAGCUUCUGGAGGUUUGACUGCUGCAACUGCUUCAGGCCUAACAGCUACCUCAGUUCUCCCAUCACUGCAAUGCAUUUUUCAGCAAAAUACAUUGCAAAGAGAAGAAAUCAUUAGAUUGAUCAAGUAUGUGGAGCAAACAUCUGUCACCCCUAUGGAGUUGGUUGAGUCGGGGACAACUGACCUUUCACAGAUCCCUUCUACUUCUACAAGAGAGAAAGAGCUGCUGUCCCAGGUGAUUCAAUUGCAACAAAGCAUUGGGAGCCUGGUUGAACAGUUGCAGAGACAAAAGAUAAAAAAUGUUCAGUUGGAAAGCAAAUUGAAUGCAUUGCUCAGAAAAUAGUCCUAGUUAUGAAAAGCUGAGUCUCAAUACUGGGUGGUGAAUCAUGAAUGGCGGUUUGCAGGCUUCAAGUUUGUGUCCGUCUCAAUAUUCCUAGGUAGUGCAAUCAAUUUUUUGUGUAUCAUAUUUGUGAAUAUAAGGCUGGAACCGAAAUUUUGAUAUGCUAUUGCAUUUGUUGCAAUAUAUUCUGUCGUGUUGUAAUUUUAUUUAUUUAGCUUUACUCUAGCCUUCUAAAUUCUCUGCAACAUAAAUUUUGUGAGACCAACCUGGUUUUUCUUUUAAUAAUUAUAAUAAUAAUUUUUUAAUAAA